CGCUCCUUAGCAACGGACUGUCUGCAAUGCUGAAGAGUGGCGAGGGUUUUGGCUCCCUUUUUUUACCAGACAAGUGCAGGCUACACAUCUGUCUUCACUUUUAGUGUUGCCGGAUAUAAGACAAAUACAAAUGAAAGAGUUCUAGAUCAAAAAUCGGAUGCAUUUUACAAUAUUUUUUCUACCAUGUCUUCCUAUGAAUAUUAUACCUGGAGGACACUGAAGAUCGCAUAACUAAUGUGCUUAUUGGACUCAGGGCCAGGCUAAAGGAAGGAAACUUGCGAGCCGUCACAAUAAGAAGAUUGGCUGAUGAAUAAAUAGCGACUUUCAUUUACUCAUAAUAAUAGUCCAUCAUUUCGAUUUUCUCCGAAAAGAGAAGACAUGAGUUGCUUCUGUGCUACCCAAGAGGAGUUUUAUUGUGAAGUUUUACUGUUGGAUGAAACCAAAUUGACGUUAACCACUCAACAGCAAGGAAUAAAGAAGUCCACUAAGGGGUCGGUGGUGCUGGACUUUGUGUUCAACCAUGUGAACCUGGCAGAGACAGACUACUUUGGGCUUCGCUACUGUGACCGCAGCCACCAGACGUAUUGGCUAGACCCCUCGAAAACCCUUUCAGAACACAAAGACUUAAUAACGACAGGGCCUCCAUACACUCUCUACUUUGGGGUCAAGUUCUAUGCGGAGGAUCCCUGCAAGCUAAAAGAGGAAAUAACCAGAUACCAGUUUUUCCUGCAGGUGAAGCAGGACAUACUACAGGGUAGAAUUCCAUGUCCCUUUGACGUCAGCGCACAGCUGGCAGCCCUCGCCAUACAGUCCGAGCUUGGCGAAUACGACCCGUACAAACACGUGCCAGGGUACGUGUCAGAGUACCGCUUUGUCCCGGACCAGAAAGAGGAACUUGAGGACGCCAUCGAGAGGAUCCACAAAACGUUAACGGGUCAGGUUCCCUCCGAAGCUGAAGUCAAUUAUUUAGGCAUUGCCAAAACACUGGAUAUGUACGGAGUCGACCUUCACCCUGUGUUUGGGGAGAAUCAGUCUGAAUACUUCCUGGGGUUGACACCGGUUGGAGUUGUUGUUUACAAAAACAAAACCCAAGUCGGGAAGUAUUUCUGGCCAAGAAUAACAAAAGUGCAUUUUAAAGAAUCACAGUUUGAGCUUCGAGUCGUUGGAAAAGAUUGCACGGAGACGUCAUUCUUUUUCGAGGCGCCUAAUAAGACGGCUUGUAAACAUCUGUGGAAGUGCUGCGUCGAACAUCACACUUUCUUCAGGAUGCCAGAAAAUGAUGCUAACACACUGACAAGGAAACUAUCAAAAUUUGGUUCCCUGGGAUCCAAACAUCGGUACAGUGGAAAGACUGCUAUUCAGAUGAGCAGAGAUCCAUCGAUUAGUCUUCCGCGGCCAGACCAGCAUGUGGUCAGGACCCACAGCAAGACCUACCCCAAGAGGCUGCUCCAGACGACAGGGUUGAACAAUGGGAGCCGGUCCAACCCGAAGACAGAGAAUAAGACGAUUGCACCUUCACCUGUAAAGAGCUCCAAACUUAUGAAGGCAGAGAAUGGUGGUCCAGAGGAACAGCGAGGGAAGCCCAGUGCACCAUGGGAUGAGAAUGCCCCACAAAGUGGGCUGUACAACACGGCCAACGAGCGUACAAAGUCCCCCAAAUUCCCUGCGGCUCGUGGGCGCACGCCGCCGGUGGGCAGCGACAAUGAAGUGUCCCAGAACAGGUGCAGGAAAGGCCAGGCCAGUGAUCCAACAGAUCCCCAGCAUCAGAACAAACAGAGGAGAAGGUCACGUUCCCGUGGCAACACCAGUAGUGGCAGCGAGUCUGAGAACUCGACCCGGGAACAUCGUAAAAAGAGGAACCGGUCUCGUCAGGAGAAUGAGAUGGUGGACUCUGGUCCUCAGUGGGAAGCUGUUCUCCGUCGUCAGAAGGAAAGGUCCCAAAACGACCCAAACCACCGACGCUCACGACACCGCUCUCGAUCGCGGAGUCCAGACGUGCAGGCCAAGGAGCAGUUGUGGAAACACAUCCAGAAGGAGCUGGUGGACCCUGCUCCAGACCUCACAGAGGAACAGCUGAAGGAGAUUCCCUACAAGAAAGUGGAAACCCAAGGAGACCCUAUCAAAAUCCGGCACUCUCAUUCUCCCCGGAGCUUCCGCCAAUACCGACGUUCCCAGUGCUCCGAAGGGGAGAGAUCCGUGCUGUCAGAGGUCAACGCCCGGACAGACCUGGUGCCCCCCUUACCUGUGACACGUACGGCAGACAUCCCAGGGUCCAACUCAACCCCCUCUCAGAAGAAGCACGGCUCCAAAGACACCCUGCUGUCAGAGAUCACAGAGCAUGAUAUGAAGAGCAGCGCCAAGGUGGUGAAGACCGUCCACACGCCCCGGGCCAAAGUCGACACGUGACCUGACCAUUGGGCCACCGCUAACAAAGUCUGUCAAGAACGGCCUGGUUUCUUUUCCCCAAAAAAGAACCUGUUAAAUACAUGGAGGGCGUUGUAUAGAGCUGAGCGGCUGCACUGUACAGCAGUAACCAACCCCACCUUGGAGUACGUGUGUGUGUGCAUGUGUGUGCGUGACUGCGUGUCUGUGUGUGUGUUUGAUAAUGCAUGGUCAGAAAGUACACAGUUGGGCUGUCUAUUGGAGCGCACCACAGGAUCUAGGAUGUAUUUGUGUCAAAUAGCUAACUCCACGCCCCAGACUGUACAUGUCCAACUGGGACUAGAUUGGGUGGGGGAAAAUAUACAGUAGCUAAUGAGGAGGGUUGUUCUAUACUCAGUAUAACUCCUUCAGAGGUUCUUCAAAUUAAAUCAAUGAAGAUAACUCUUAUCAAUGAUUUAAAGAAUCCUUUACAAGGGGAAUAACUUAAAGGGUAGCUAGUUUCAACCGGUCUUGGAGGGCUGAAACACUUCCAGUUUGUAUUUUCUCCUAGUAAGGGACUUAUUCAGGCCUCCAGGACCAGUCAAACGGCCAUAUAGCUCAGUGGCUAAGUUCAGUAGCUCUCCAUAUUCAAUUUUAAGAAUACCCAAAUGAUCUGCCAGGAAUAUUUCUGUUUUACACUUAGGUUACCAAAAGGUUCAACCAGAAACAAAAAAAAUCUGGAAAGUUUUUCUCCACCAGGACAGCUAAAGAAAACUUUUUUGUGUGUGACUUGGUAUAGAACUGGUCAUAACAUUUAAACUUAAGCUGAUCAUUAAGGGCUCAUUCAAUCAAACCUGCAUUGCAGUAUCUACAGAGUAGCUCUUUUUCCAAUGGUCAUUCACGGACUGGUGUUGGGUACUGUAGAAAAUCCUAGAAGACCAUUUGACUAAAAGGUUCUGUCUAUAUGAAACAUGGUUCUACAAUAAUGAGCACCAACAUUUUCACAUCUCACAAUUGUUUUGCAGUGAAUUCUUCGUUCAUAAUCUGAUAUGGUCCUCACCUUAAUGUUAUUUUAUGGGUUCAAAUCCUGAGGCCUUUGCAGGUAUUACCUUCAUGUUUUAUCUGGGUUCAGGUUUCGAUCAGCGCAUAAUUAAAUACUUCUUAUAAAAUCAACAGAAAUGUAGAGACAUUUACAGAUUUAUUUUGUCAUUAUUUUAUUUUUAAAGAUGUAUUUUUUGACACUGGUUGUAAAAUGCACAUAACCACAACAUAUUUCAAAUUUCACCCAAAUGGGGAGGUUUAAAACAAUUUGUUAUUUGAAGCAACAGACUUCAUUUUUAAAUGAAGAGAAUAUAUCCUAUAUCCUAGCAACAUUGCUAAAGCUUAGCUCUGUAAACUGAUAGUUUGGGAUCUCUGACAGCCAAAUUCAGAGAAGUAUUUGAUAUUUUCUAUCAUGGCAUUUGGUAAGUAAAAAAAAAUUAAGAGCAAAAGAAAGAGACGUGUCUCUUCAAUGGGCCUUAAACAUGCUCUAAGCUAACUGUAUUUAUUUUUUGUUCACCGUAAAGAGCUUAGGUUAUGGUAAAACACAUCAAAGUUAAAUAGGACAAUAACCUAUGAUAUGAUUCAUCUUAUAGCACCAAUUUUCGAACGUGUUCACACAACCACAACUUUAUUUAUGACGUGUAUUUGGUGUGAUACAUCACCUCUGAAAAAAGGAGCCCCUAAAGACCAGCUUAAUGUAUACAUGUAGCCUAAACGCUACAUUUUUGACCGAAGUGUCCCAACAUCUCAAAGUACUACCAGAUGUCAAAAAGGUAUUAAAUACAAAAAUGGUGUGACUAUAAGUGCAAAUGUUGUAAAUAAAGAAUGUGUAAAUAUUGCUGUGGUGGGUUCGAAUGAAUCCCAGCCUUUUUCCAAAUAAGAAUGAAACUGGGUUGUGUGGAGAACAGAGCACAGCUAGAUCUGACUGAGAUCAGUUAUUGACUGGGUUGUGUGGAGAACAGAGCACAGCUAGAUCUGACUGAGAUCAGUUAUUGACUGGGUUGUGUGGAGAACAGAGCACAGCUAGAUCUGACUGAGAUCAGUUAUUGACUGGGUUGUGUGGAGAACAGAGCACAGCUAGAUCUGACUGAGAUCAGUUAUUGACUGGGUUGUGUGGAGAACAGAGCACAGCUAGGUCUGACUGAGAUCAGUUAUUGACUGGGUUGUGUGGAGAACAGAGCACAGCUAGAUCUGACUGAGAUCAGUUAUUGUUUCACUAGGCAUCUGCCUCUGUAUUGAUUUGAUUUGCAUUAUCAAUAUACAGUAUUAAAACAGUGUUUCACUCAUCCACGUUGAGCUCCAUAAAGACGCUGAGUCUGCCUCUGAAAAGACGCCUGGUUCCCUUCAUAGGGCACCACUUUUGAACUGACCCAUAUGGCCAUUGGUUGAAUGUAGUGGUCAAAAUAGUGGAUAGGGUGGCAUUUUGGGAACUGUUACUGGGGUUUUCAUGUUUUGUAUUGUCAGGUCAGGUGUGUUUACUCAAAGUACUCUCUACUGUAGGAAUAUUUGCUGCUGGACCCGAACAUUUUUUGCACAUCAAUGCUAUAUAACUGUUUUGUCUUUUUCUCUGCUGUUUAAGAAGUACAAAAUAAUACAAAAAAGACUUAGAACUGUGUAGCUACACUUAGUAGUUAAACUGGAAUUUCAGUCAUUUUAAAUAAAAACAUUCCCUAUGUCCUUUAUUGUGUUAUGCACUUUUUCCCCAUGUUCAAAAGGCUGUACUGAGUCGUCUAGGGUACUGUUUAAAACCUGACAACUACUACCAGGUCAGUCCCUCUUACAGGUCUGCUUUAGGUUUGUGUGUUUGCAGGGGAUUGAAUGUAGUAAAUAAAGACAUGGAGUAAACAUU